AUGGACUCUUGCAAUUGCAUUGAGCCACAAUGGCCAGCCGAUGAACUGCUGAUGAAAUAUCAGUACAUAUCAGAUUUCUUCAUCGCACUUGCUUAUUUCUCAAUCCCAUUGGAGUUGAUAUAUUUCGUUAAAAAAUCAGCAGUUUUUCCCUAUAGAUGGGUACUUGUUCAAUUCGGUGCUUUCAUUGUUCUAUGUGGAGCCACACAUCUUAUUAACUUAUGGACCUUUAAUGCACAUACAAGAACAGUCGCCAUUGUUAUGACCACUGCAAAGGUCUUAACAGCUGCAGUCUCAUGUGCAACUGCACUCAUGUUAGUCCACAUAAUCCCCGAUCUACUCAGUGUCAAAACCCGAGAAUUAUUUCUCAAAAAUAAAGCUGCACAGCUGGAUCGUGAAAUGGGUAUCAUUCGAACACAAGAAGAAACAGGCAGACAUGUUAGAAUGCUGACUCAUGAAAUCAGAAGCACUCUUAACAGACAUACAAUAUUAAAAACUACACUUGUGGAAUUAGGAAGAACAUUGGGGUUGGAAGAAUGUGCUCUCUGGAUGCCAACACGCAGUGGUUUAGAGCUUCAACUUUCUUAUACCCUUCGCCAUCAAAACCCUGUAGGGUUUACAGUUCCAAUUCAAUCUCCUGCAAUUAAUCAAGUUUUUAGUACUAAUCGUGCUGUUAAAAUAUCUCCAACUAGUCCUGUUGCUCGAUUACGCCCUGCUUCUGAACUUUCAACAAAACGUUAUGCUUUAAUGGUUUUGAUGCUUCCUUCUGAUAGUGCUAGACAAUGGCAUGUUCAUGAACUUGAACUUGUUGAAGUGGUUGCUGAUCAGGUUGCUGUUGCUCUUUCACAUGCUGCAAUCUUGGAAGAGUCAAUGAGGGCUAGAGACUUGCUUAUGGAGCAAAAUGUAGCACUUGAUCUUGCAAGAAGAGAAGCUGAAACAGCUGUUCGUGCACGUAAUGAUUUUCUUGCAGUUAUGAAUCAUGAAAUGAGAACUCCAAUGCAUGCAAUUAUUGCACUUUCUUCAUUACUUCAAGAAACCGAUUUGACACCUGAACAACGCCUCAUGGUUGAAACCAUUUUAAAAAGCAGUAAUUUACUUGCCACACUCAUAAAUGAUGUAUUAGAUCUUUCAAGGCUGGAAGAUGGUAGUCUUGAACUUGAUACCACAACUUUCAACCUUCAUGCUCUCUUCAAGGAGGUUUUAAAUCUGAUCAGGCCUGUAGCAUCAGUCAAAAGGUUGUUUGUGACACUGAGCCUUUCAUCAGAUUUACCAGAGUAUGCUGUUGGUGAUGAAAAGAGACUUAUGCAAAUAAUUCUAAAUAUAAUUGGAAAUGCUGUGAAAUUCUCAAAAGAAGGCAGCAUUUCAAUCUCCGCCAUCAUGGCAAAACCAGAUUCUUUAAGGGAUCCACGAGCUCCCGACUUUUUUCCCCUUCUUAGCGACAAUAAUUUCUUUUUACGUGUUCAGGUGAAAGACACAGGAAUGGGAAUCAGCCAACAAGACAUGCCAAAGCUGUUCACCAAAUUUGCAGAAAGCCAAUCCCCCGCAACUAGAAAUCCAGGUGGCAGUGGUCUCGGCCUUGCCAUUUGUAAAAGAUUUGUAAAUCUUAUGGAAGGUAAUAUAUGGAUAGAAAGUGAAGGCCUUGGCAAGGGGUCCACUGCAAUCUUUUUUGUCAAACUCGGGUUCCCCGGUCGCUUAAACGGGUCCCGCCUCCCUCACAUGCGAGUGCCCGCAAAACUCGGGCAGACAAAGUUUCCGGGACUAAAAGUUGUAGUUGUGGAUGAUAACGGGGUUAGCAGAACAGCAACGAAGGGGCUACUGGUGCACCUUGGUUGUGAUGUAACCACGGUUAGUUCAGUUGAGAAAUUACCAAAACGCCAUGAAAAGCCUCCCCCGCUUAUAGUGGGGCUCACUGGAAACACAGAUAAGGCGAUGAAGGAAAGUUUGUUGAGAGCUGGAAUGGAUGGAGUUGUGCUUAAACCUGUUUCCGUUGAGAAGAUGAGACUUGCAUUGUCUGAGCUUUUGGAGCAUAAUAAUACAUGA